AUGUGGAGUGGUGGCCGCCUGCAGUCCCAGGACUUCGGGAAGCACCUGCACGGUGUGGAAGACCUGCUGCAGAUCCAUGCACUGGUGGAGGCUGACAUCGCCGUGCAGGCCGAGCGCAUCAAGGCUGUUGGCACUGCUGCACAGAGGUUCACCACCCCUGGAGAAGGAUACAAGCCAUGUGACCCCCAGCUGGUGCAGGAGAGGGUGGACAUGCUCGAGCUGUGCUACCGGGAGCUGGUUGAGCUGGCAGGCAAGCGCCGGGCCAAGCUGGAGGAGUCACGGCGGUUGUGGAAGUUCUUCUGGGACAUGGGUGAGGAGGAGGCCUGGAUCCGGGAGCAGGAGCAGAUCCUGUCUUCGGAUGAUUUCGGCAAGGACCUGACCAGUGUGCUGCGCCUCAUCAGCAAGCACAAUGCCUUCCGUGACGAGAUGAGCGGCCGCUAUGGACCCCUGCAGCACACCACGGCCCAGGGCCACUGCCUGGUGCGUGAGGGGCACUUUGGGGCACACGAGGUGGCCGAGCACAUCCGGGAGAUCGAGGAGCAGUGGCAACACCUGGAGGCGCUGGCAGGCGAGCGGGAGCGGCGCCUGCAUGAGGCCUCCAGCCUCUACCAGUUCCAGGCUGAUGCCGACGACAUGGAGGCCUGGCUCAUGGAUGCCCUGCGGCUGGUGUCCAGCCCGGAGGUGGGCCAUGACGAGUACUCUACCCAGAGCCUGGUCAAGAAGCACAAGGACGUGGAAGAGGAGAUCCAGAACCACCGGCCCGCCAUUGCUGUGCUACAUGAGCAGGCCCAGAGCCUGCCACCCGCCUUUGCCCAUGCACCCGAGGUGGCAGAGCGCCUGCCCGCUGUGGAACAGCGCUACCAGGAGCUGGCCGCCCUGGCUGAGCGCCGCAAGCAGGAUCUGCAGGACGCCCUCAACCUCUACAAGAUGUUCAGCGAGGCUGAUGCCUGUGGGUUGUGGAUUGGUGAGAAGGAGCAAUGGCUGCAUGCCAUGGAGAUCCCCGAGAAACUGGAGGACCUGGAGGUGGUGCAGCAGAGGUUUGAGACACUGGAGCCAGAGAUGAAUAACCUGGCUUUGCGCAUCACGGCCAUCAACCAGAUCGCCGGGCAGCUGCUGAGCACCGACCACCGCAACAAAGAGAGCAUCCAGGCCACACAGGAGCAGCUCAACACCAGGUGGGAGCGGUUCCGCACUCUGGCCGACCAGAAGAAGGCCGCGCUGACCUCGGCCCUGAACAUCCAGAACUACUACCUGGAGUGCAACGAGACCAAGUCCUGGAUGAGGGAGAAGACCAAGGUGAUUGAGUCAACGCAGGAGCUGGGCAACGACCUGGCGGGCGUCAUGGCGCUGCAGAGGAAGCUGACGGGCAUGGAGCGGGACCUGGAGGCUAUCCAGGGUAAGGUGUUGGACCUGCAGGGGGAGGCGGCCACGCUGGCAGCUGAGCACCCGGGCCAGGCGACGCCUAUCCUAGACAAGCUGGCGGACAUCAAGGCUGUGUGGACCGAGCUGCGUGAGACCAUGCGGCGGCGCGAGGAGUCGCUGGGGGAGGCCAGCAAGCUGCAGGGCUUCCUGCGCGACCUGGAUGAUUUCCAGGCUUGGCUGUCGCGGACACAGACGGCUGUGGCCUCUGAGGACGUGCCAGCCACCCUGGCUGAGGCCGAGCAGCUGCUGAGCCAGCACGAGAGCAUCCGUAAUGAGAUCGAGCACUACAAGGAUGACUACCAGAGCAUGCGGGCCAUGGGCCAGGAGGUAACCCAGGGCCAGACCGAUGCCCAGUACAUGUUCCUGCAGCAACGCCUGGAGGCCCUGGACACUGGCUGGAAGGAGCUGGGCCAGAUGUGGGAAAACAGGCAUCACCUGCUGUCCCAGGCCUAUAGCUUCCAGCUCUUCCUGCGGGACACCAAGCAGGUGGAGGGCGUGCUCAGCAACCAGGAGUACGUGCUGUCCCACACUGAUAUGCCCAGCACCCUGCAAGGGGCAGAGGCCUCCAUUAAGAAGCAUGAAGAUUUCAUGACCACCAUGGAGGCCAAUGGGGAGAAGAUCAAGGGGCUGGUGGAUGCCGGGCGGAAGCUGAUUGUGGGGGACAGUGUCCAUGCAGACAAAGUCCAGGAGAAGGUUGACUCCAUCGAUGGCAGGCACAAGCGGAAUCGGGAUGCUGCCAACGAGCUGCUGCGGCGGCUGCGGGAUAACCGGGAGUUGCAGCACUUCCUGCAGGACUGCCAGGAGCUCACCCUCUGGAUCAAUGAGAAGAUGCUGACAGCCCAGGACAUGUCCUAUGAUGAGGCCCGCAACCUGCACACCAAGUGGCAGAAGCACCAGGCCUUCACGGCCGAGCUGGCUUCCAACAAGGACUGGCUGGACAAGAUCGAGAAGGAGGGUCAGCAGCUAAUGGCGGAGAAGCCAGAGCUGGAGCCUGUGGUGAAGGAGAAGCUGGACAGCCUCCACCAGCUAUGGGAUGAGCUGGAGUCCACUACCAAGACCAAGGCUCAGUGCCUCUUCGAUGCCAACCGGGCUGAGCUCUUCACUCAGAGCUGCUCUGCCCUGGAGGCCUGGCUGGCCGGGCUGCAGGCCCAGCUCCAGUCUGACGACUACGGCAAGGACCUGACCAGCGUCAACAUCCUGCUGAAGAAGCAACAGAUGCUGGAGAACCAGAUGGACGUGCGGGAGAAGGAGGUGGAGGCCAUCCAGUCGCAGGCGCUAGCCCUGAGCCAGGAGGACGCCAACACAGCUGAGGUGGAAGGCAAGUUCCGAGCAGUGGAGGAGAAGUUUCUGGACCUGCGGGGCCCUCUGAAGGAGCGCUGCCACAAGCUGCUGGCCUCCAAGGAGGAGCACCAGUUCAACCGUGACUUGGAGGACGAGAUCCUGUGGGUGAGGGAGCGGAUGCCGAUGGCCAUCUCCACCGACCAUGGCAAGGACUUGCCCACCGUCCAGCUGCUGAUAAAGAAGAACCAGACCCUGCAGAAGGAGAUCCAGGGCCAUGAGCCGCGUGUGGAGGAGCUGCUGGGGCGGCGGGCAGGGCUCGUGCGCUGCGGGCCCGUGGAGCGGAUGGAAGAGCUGCGGGAGGCCUGGCGGGAGCUGGGGCACCAGGCAGAGCUGCGGCACCAACGCCUGGAGCGGGCACACGCUGCCCAGCAGUUCUACUUCGAUGUGGCUGAAGCUGAGGCCUGGAUGGGCGAGCAGGAGCUGCACAUGAUGUCCCAGGAGAAGGCCAAGGAUGAGCUGAUUGCCCAGGCCAUGGUGAAGAAGCACCUGGUGAUGGAGCAGGCGCUGGAUGACUAUGCCCAGACCAUCCACCAGCUCUCCAACCAGAGCCGUGACAUGGUGGCCAGUGAGCACCCAGAGAGUGAACGGCUCACCCUGCGCCAGGGCCAGGUGGACAAGCUGUACGCCAGCCUGAAGGACCUGGCAGAGGAGCGUCGGGGGAAGCUGCAGGAGCACCAGCGCCUCUGCCAGCUCAAGCGCGACGUGGAUGACCUGGAGCAGUGGAUCUCGGAGCGCGAGGUGGUGGCUGCCUCCCACGAGCUGGGGCAGGACUACGAGCAUGUCACUAUGCUGCGGGACAAGUUCCGGGAGUUCUCCCGUGACACCAGUAACAUCGGGCAGGAGCGUGUGGAUGCCGUGAACCUGCUGGCGGACGAGCUGAUCUCGUCAGGGCAUUCGGAGAACGCCACCAUUGCCGAGUGGAAGGAUGGUCUCAACGAUGCCUGGGCCGACCUGCUGGAGCUCAUUGACACCCGCAGCCAGAUGCUGGCAGCUUCCUACGAGCUGCAUCGCUUCUACCACGACGCCCGCCAGACUCUGGCCCAGGUGCAGCACAAGCAGAAGCAGCUGCCUGACGAGGUGGGGCGUGACCUGAACACGGCCGAGGCCAUGCAGCGCAUGCACACAGCCUACGAGCAUGACAUCCAGGCGCUCAGUGCACAGGUGAAACAGGUGCAGGAGGACGCUAUGCGGCUGCAGAAGGCUUAUGCUGGUGAGAAGGCCGAUGACAUCCAGCGGCAUGAGCAGGCCGUGAGUGAGGCCUGGACCGAGCUGCUGAGCAGCAGCCACGGCCGCCGGCAGCUGCUGCUCGACACCGUGGACAAGUUCCGCUUCUUCAAGAUGGUGCGAGACCUGAUGCUGUGGAUGGACGGGGUGCACCUGCAGAUAGAUGCCCAGGAGAAGCCCAGGGACGUGUCCUCGGCUGACCUGGUCAUCAAGAACCACCAAGGGAUCAAGGCGGAGGUGGAGGCCCGGACGGACAGCUUCAAUUCCUGCAUAGCCAUGGGCACUGCACUGCUGGACAAGGGCCACUACGCUUCUGACAAGAUUUCAGAGAAGCUGUCCCAGCUGCAGGAGCGGCGCAAGGAGAUCGGAGACCGGUGGCAGGAGAAGAUGGACUGGCUGCAGAUUGUUAUGGAGGUGCUGAUGUUUGGGCGCGAUGCCAGCAUGGCUGAGGCCUGGCUGUCCAGCCAGGAGCCCAUCGUGCGCUCAGCCGAGCUGGGCGGGAAUGUAGACGAGGUGGAGAAUCUCAUCAAGAGGCACGAGGGCUUCCAGAAGUUGGCCGCUGCCUGGGAGGAGCGCUUCCUGGCACUGGAAAAGCUCACUACGCUGGAGGAGAAGGAGCGGCUGCGGCACGAGGAGGAGGAGAGGAGGAAGAGGCGGCCCCCAACACCACCAGAGCCAGAGCCCGAGGUCACGGUGCAGCCAGUGCUACUCCCUGACAGCCAGCAGGGGCCAGGACUGAGCAUUGCUGACGGGACUUCCACUCUGCAGAGCCAUCUCUCGGAGCUGCCUACUGUGAAUGGGAUCUACCCUGACUCCGAGUCUCCCCAGAUGUCCAAGAUGGCGGAGGUGACAAGUGGUGCCCGGACGGAUGCCCUGGCUGAGGAGAAGGAGCAGAGCCCUGCCCCCUCACCCAAGGCCCGCACCAAGCUGCUGGCACUCACCCCUGAGCCUGCCCAUUCGGCCACGCUGCCACUCCAGUCACCAGACCCCACUGCCCAGGAGCACAUGGAGGGGCCGCUGUGCCGCAAGCAGGAGAUGGAAGCCCAGGGCAAGAAGGCAGCCAACAGGUCCUGGCAGAAUGUGUACUGUGUCCUGCGCAAAGGCAGCCUAGGCUUCUACAAAGACGCCAAGAACGCCAGCCAUGGUGUCCCCUACCAUGGUGAGGUGCCCAUCAGCCUGCAGGGGGCGCAGUGCAACGUGGCACUGGACUACAAGAAACGCAAGCAUGUCUUCAAGCUGGGGUUGAGUGAUGGCAAAGAGUAUUUAUUCCAGGCCAAGGACGAAGCUGAGAUGAGCACCUGGAUGCGAUUGAUCAAUGCCUCAGUGGCCUGCACCCUGACGCCCCAGCAGGACACAGAGGACCCGCCCUCACUCACUGGCAAGGGCAUGACACGGGCCGUGAGCAUGCCACCCGUGUCCCCCAACAGUGCCACUGAGAUCUCCGUGGCCCUGCGCAGCAAGGACGGCAAGGAGAAGGACCGAGAAAAGAGAUUCAGCUUCUUCAAGAAGAAGCAAUAGGAUCUGGGGGGCUUGCUACUGGAGGGGCUGCUGGAGGGGCACUGCCCAGCUAUUUAAUCCAUGGAACUGAUGGAAGGACACGGGAUGGGACAAGGGGCUCUGCACGGGGGGGCAGACUCUGGGCUCCAGACGGAUCGGAGCAGGGAGUGGAACUCUGGGUCCUGGAUGGGAUGCUGCAUUUUAGAUCGGUACCUGUGCUAAUGUGACAGUUUGAACCAACCUUCCCACCCUGGGAGCCGCUGGGGGGAUCCCUGCUGACUCCCCCAUACACUAGGGAAUGCUGGAGUUGCUGGAGUGCAUCAGCUAUGAAGCCAAGCUGGGAAAAAAACUCCCUGUGGCCUUCUGCACCAGUGCAGGGGAGGAGCAGCAUUAGGGUUGCCAGGCUGUGUGGGGAAGGGUAUUUAGGUUGCCAGGACACAGGCAUGAUGGGGGAGGGGCAUUUGGACUGAUGGACAAGUGGGGGCAUGUUUGACUUGCCUUGUCCCCUCCUGUCUCUCUGAUCCAUGAACCUUCUCUCCUUGCUGCCCCCCAUCUCCUGGAACUGCCCUAGUGUGGGGUGGUACAUCUUCCCCCACCCCUUUCCUACAGCUGCUCUACAUUAGCAGAUCCUGUGGCAGGGUCCAUAGUGCAUCCGUACCUCAGUGAGGCCCCCAUUCCGUGCCCCCUGCUUUGCAGACAGCCACACCCUCGCAGGGAAGCUGCUGCUGAGCUGGACAGGAUGGGGGUGGGAUCAGGUUGCCAGGGCUGGGGCUCUGUCUUUGGAGUGGGGUUAUUUUUGCUUGCAAACAGCAGCAGUACCAGGGAUUCCCUGCCUGAGGAUGCAGACAGCUGUGGCGGGCAGUUCUCUCACCGCCCUUCUCACACUGAGGGCUUUGCUGUCCAAGGUGGGCAUGGGAUUCCCAGAGGGGCUGAACUCCCACAAACAAUGGACUUCAGAGCAGGGGGACUCAGUGCUUCUGGCAAUCCAGCACCUAAGAGUUGGAGAAAUUACAAAGGGGGAACCCUGAUCCUCAUUGAAAGUUGAGGGGGCUGGGCUCCUGGUAUCUCUGGAAAUCUCCCUGCUGUGUGGGGCCUUUGAAUUGAGACAGAAUGUCUCUCACCAAGCAACCCCGCUUGGCUAGCAGAAUCACUGGGUGGGAUCCUCUAGCCAGGGUUACCCGGGGGUGGGCAAAGGUCAGGCUGGAUGCUCAGAAUUGUCUCCUCUGGCCUGUUAAACAGUUGAGCUAAAAAUCCAUCCCGUUCAGUAGGUGGCUGCCCCUUUGACUUUCCCAAUGACCUAACCCCACUAGUCUCCAGUCAUCCAUAGGAUUUCCUGGGGUGAACUGGGGGAAAGAUUCCUUCCUUCCCACCAGUGCCCAAUCUGGUGUCUUUUCCACCCACCCCUCCCAAGCCCUGGCUGGUUUCCUUUGCCUUUAUCUUCCAGUCUGUGGCCCAGAAAUGAUUUGUGCCUUCCUGCUAGGAGUGGUUGCUCUCUGCCUCCCCUGGUCUUCCCUGUCUAAGGAGAAACCGUAUCCCUGCCAGGGUAGGGCACCAUGGCUCCCUCGCCCCUAUGACUGUGAAAUGAGCCAAGUCUCCUCCCUCUUCUGGGGCCCUGGGGACAGGCAGCUUGGAGCUCGAGGGGUGUGCAGGAUUGCAGAACUGGAUGGUGGCGGGGCCUGCUUCCUGCAGCGGGAGGCCUGGAAACGAGAUGUCGCUGCUGCAUUUGGACCAUGACUUCGCUCCUUGCACCCCCUGGCUGGGACAUCCCCUGAGCGCAUCCUGGUGAUCUUUCUGUGCUUGUGGGAAACAUUAUUCAUGUGUUUGCAGUGGCAUCUGUUCCAAUUUUUGACAGAAACUCUGAAAUAAAAGAGUCUGUGUAGAGAC